AUGCGCGCGCUGGCGCUGCUCUGGCCCGCGGCGUGCUGCGCGGCGGGCCUGCUGGCGGCCACGCCCGACGAAGCGCCGGCCGCGGCCCUGCUGGCGCUGCAGGCCACGGCGCGGCGACACCUGGACGCCGAGCUGGCCGCCCGCCCGCGCGGCGGCUGCACGCGCGACACGCUGCAGAUCCGCACCGAGUGGCGCGCCCUGCCGCCGGCCGCCCGCCGCCGCUACAUCGACGCGGUGUACUGCCUGCAGCGCAAGCCCGGCCUGAUCGACCAGCGCCUGGUGCCCGGGGCCAAGUCGCUGUUCGACAGCUUCACCACGCUGCACAUCAACCAGACACACACCAUCCACAACAAUUUCUCGUUCCUGGUGUGGCACCGCUACUUCGUGCACGUCUACGAGCAGGCCCUGCGCGACUGCGGCUACACGGGCAAUCAUCCGUACUGGGAAUGGGGCUACGACGUGUACGACCCCGCCAACGCGCCCAUCCUCGACGGCUCGCCGCUCAGCCUGGGCAGCGACGGCGCGCCGCUGGCGGGCCGCAACGCCACCUGGGCGCAGUGGCCGCCGCCGCCGUUCGCGCCCACGCCCGACCUGGUGGUGGAGUUCCCGCGCGGCACAGGUGGCGGCUGCGUGCAGCGCGGGCCGUUCGCCGACAUGACGGUGCACUUCGGCCCCAUCUCGCAGGCCGACCAGCGCCACCUGCACCGCAUGUUCGCCUUCCGCCCGCACUGCCUGCAGCGCGACCUCAACCCGGCCAUCGGCCAGCGCUACCUGGCCUUCAACUGGUCCGUGUGGGCCGUGGCCGAGAGCGCCGACAUCAUGGGCUUCCAGGCCCGCAUCACCGGCGACCGCCGCCAGGGCCACGGCGCCUACCCGCUCAACCGCUUCGGCGCCCACGGGGGGGGGCACUUCUUCGCGGGCGGGAUGACCGGCGCGUUCUCCGACCUGUACGCCAGCCCGCAGGACCCGCUGUUCUUCCCGCACCACGCGCAGAUCGACCGGCUGUGGGCCAUCUGGCAGUGGCUCGACAUCGCCGCCCGCCGCCACGCGCUGUUCGGCUCGCUCACCUACGAGAACCUGCCGCCCGCCCGCAACGGCUCGCUCGACGAUGCCAUCGACCUGGCCCCGCUGGCCGCCCCCGUCGCCGUGCGCGAGCUCAUGGACGUCGUCGCCGGCCCGUACUGCUACUUCUACGAGUAG